CGGCGCGGGGCGCGCGGCGGCCCCGAGGAGAUGACGGGGCGGCUGCCGGGGCGGCGCGCGCUCGGCAAAGUUUCCGCGCGGCGCACGGCGGGGCCGGCCGGGCCGCGGAGCGCGGCGGAGCGGCGGCGGCUUUAUAGCGGGCGCGGAGGGGUGCGCGGCGGCGGCGGCGGCGGCGGCGGAGGAGGAUGGAUCCGCCGGCGGGCGCGCAGGGCCAGCACCAGCACGAACCCAUCAGCUUCGGCAUCGACCAGAUCCUCAACAGCCCCGAGCAGGAGAGCGCUCCCCCGCCGCCGCCCCCCCGGGGCCCCGACGGCGCGACCUUCCUGGGCGGCCCCGGCGGCCGCGGCGGCGCGCCCUACCCGGCGCUGCCGGCCCCCUUCCCGGCCAUCGCCGCGCCCUUCGAGGACUCUGGAUCUUACAGUGUGAACCUCAGCCUGGCCCCGGCCGGCGUGAUCCGGGUGCCGGCGCACAGGCCCAUCCCCGGGGCCGUGCCGCCGCCCAUCUCCAGCGCCAUCCCGGCCAUGCCCGCCGUGCCCAGCCUGGGCAGCCUCAACUUCCCCUGGAUGGAGAGCAGCAGGCGCUUCGUCAAGGACAGGUUCACAGCGGCGGCGGCGCUGACGCCCUUCACGGUGACGCGGCGGAUCGGGCAUCCCUACCAGAACCGGACUCCGCCGAAGCGCAAGAAGCCGCGGACGUCCUUCUCCCGGGUGCAGAUCUGCGAGCUAGAGAAGCGCUUCCACCGGCAGAAGUACCUGGCCUCGGCCGAGCGCGCUGCCCUCGCCAAGUCCCUCAAGAUGACGGACGCGCAGGUGAAGACCUGGUUCCAGAACCGGCGCACCAAGUGGCGGCGGCAGACGGCGGAGGAGCGGGAGGCCGAGCGGCAGCAGGCGAGCCGGCUGAUGCUGCAGCUGCAGCACGACGCCUUCCAGAAGUCGCUGAACGAGUCGAUCCAGCCCGACCCGCUGUGCCUGCACAACUCGUCGCUGUUCGCGCUGCAGAACCUGCAGCCCUGGGAGGAGGAGAGCGCCAAGAUCCCCCCGGUCACCUCGCUCGUCUGAGCCCGGCAGCCCGGGCACGCAGCGGACUCGCCCGCGGAGCACGGCCGCCGGCUCCCCGCGCCCCCGGAGCUACCGUUCGCCCCAGACGGGGCGGGCGCGGGGGCGGCGAGCGGGACCCGCGGGGCCGGGGCCGGCGCGGAGCGGAGCCGCCGGGCGCUGCCGGCGCGGGGCCCCGCGCUCCGCUUGUAUAUUCGUGUCGAUGUUCCACUAGGAAGGGAAAUAUGUCACUUUUUGUAAGAAGUGUUAAUAAUUUAAUUUAUUUAUGCAUCGAGAUUUGGGGCACUAUUAAUAUGGAAUUAUAUAAAACCUCGAUUAUUUAUAUCGAAAUCUGAACAUAGGUAUUUUGUGUUGGCUUUGGAACAAAAGGCUAUUUUUUUUUCUCCUGUUCUGAGGAUAGUCUAAAGAAAAAAAAAUACCUAUCGCUUAGCGGAGGGGACUAAGUGGAGCCGGUGAUGACUCAUUAGCUUAGGAAACCCUAUUAAGCUGAAAAGCGGUAGCUUCCAUCUGUCCCAGGUGAAGUUAAUGUCAGCUGUAAUUUAUCCACCGUAGUAAUAAGGGCUCCGUUCAGGCUCUGCGCUCCCGGUUUCGUCCUCACCUUUCCAGCCGAUGAGCUUUCGCGCACCGAAACAGCACCCGCACCCGCUCCUUUCGCCACCGACUCUAGAGAAAGCGCCUUAUGUUUCAUAAUAAAGAAGAUUUGGGUUUGACACAGACCAUGUAUAAUACUUUGUACUUGCCGAGACGUGUAAAUAAACGUUUUCUU